UUAUAUUUAGAGCAAUUAACUGAUGUUUACAAUGUCGGGAAAUCUUAAAUCGCUAUACAUAUUUCUAUCGAUUAUAAUCAUCAAAGUUGGAGUGAGUUCUCCGCUGCAAAGAGUCAACAGAAUAAAUUUGAACGUGAAAUUGAAGAAUAAUUCAUCGAUAUUGGAUACAGGAAGAGGCAAUAUCGGUAUAUUUUUGAGCAAAUCCGUGAGAAAUUUGCGUCCCCUACGAGAGCAUUAUUAUUGGAAAAUACACCAUCACUUCCACAACAGAGACGAUGCUUUGCAAGAUAUCAACGUAAUGCCCAAAGACAUCACGCUUUGCGAGGACGGCGCCGGGGCGUUCUGCCCCAAAGGAAGCGUCGCUUUGUGCACUAAAAACAGCGCCGUAAGGUGUCUAACCAGCUUAUGGGAAACGGAAAUUUGCGAUAACAGUAUAUAUUCCCAUUGUGCCAGUAUUUAUUUACCCUGCAACAUGUACAUACCGGAAUGCCGCGAUGAGGGUAAACAAUAUUUCAAAAUCUUGUCGAGUUGCAUAGCCGUGGUGAAUGUUUAUGCGAACUUGAAGCACUUCAAUGGGACGAUCGCAGCGCGAAAUCUAAUCAAGGUUUAUCCGCCGAACUAUUUCUGCGAAAUCGUCCUGGCGCUGCCUGCUCAGCUCACCAAAGGUGAAGAACUCUUCGCCAGGAUUAACGAAAUGUUCGGAAAAUUCGCUGUUAGAGCUUUGGAUAUAAAUUAAUUUGCACUUACUUGGUAAUUAACUUAUUUGCACGUCUUUUGUCUAUUAAAAUUAAGUUGUAUAACGCAAUUUCCAAUUAGUAAACAUGUUAUAUAAUUGGAAUCCUUUCUGUAAUACAAACUUUCCCGUGGUAUUUCAUCGAACGAAGAAGCAGGAUUCGAGUCAAUAAUACACGAGUGCAAAAAAUAAUUGAUAUCCC